AUGUCAAUUGAUUCUGAAUCGGAAUCGAUAGCAACUACAACAUCAUCAUCACCACCAUCAUCAUCGUUGGAAAUCAAUAAUAACAGCGAAAAUAAUAACAAUAAAAAUAAAUUUGAAAGUAAUCUUAUUAGUGAAAGAAAAAAGAUUGAAAGUUGGAAAGAUUUUGAAUCAACCUUUAGAAAUGAAAAGUUGAUUUCAAAAGGAUCAUUUCCAAAUUGUUUUUAUCAUUGUAUAAUAUAUUUUUUGUCGGAAAUAUCUGAAAAUAUCACAUUGAUUCCAAGAUGUUUUCAACAACUCCGAUAUAGGGUUAGUGAUUAUUUGGAUGAACAGUUUUUAGGUGGUGGUCAACCAGUGGAUUUUGAAAAGCAUUUGAGGAGUGCAAAUGUUAUACAACCCGAACUAAACAUAAGGUGUUGGGAUGACUUUGUUCUGGCGAUAUGCGAAACUCUGUUUCCAGGUGCAUUGGAAAUCGAUGCAUUGGUACAGCUCUACAGUAUAUGGACCGCCGGUGAGAAACUGUGCAUUGAGGUGCACGACAGUCAGUUUGAACAACCGGUGAUCUACGGUGACGCCUCGAUAGCCAAGAACGACAAGCGUCGCCGCUGGCGACUAGCCAAACACACCAACCAAUAUCGCGUCAUCCUCGAUCCAUUCCUCGAUAUUUCAUUCCAACCUUCGUUGUCACCCGCCAACAUUUCCUCACCAAAACUCAUUCCCACACUGGCCUCUUCAAUGGCCACACCGUUUUCACCGUCAUCGCCAAGCUCUCAAGUCAAAUUCAAUAGUUCGUUUGGAGGUUCCGAUUCCUCUUUGGAGUAUACCAACGAGGACGAUUGGAAAUACGAAGUCGACAACUGUCUUUAUCUGUCGAGUGCAUGCUACCAGAGCAAUCCAAUCGGCUACCUCAAUGCAUUGGACAACAAGUAUAAACAUACCAUCAACAGUUGUAUUAGUGGUGAUACUUUUAUCGUUGACAAACGAUCGUCUAUCAAGUUGGUACAACCUUUUCUUCUGGCUUCACGACUACCGAUUCCAGGCUCAAAGAUCGGUUCGUUCCGCUCGAGAAAGACCUACUACAUAUCGUUCAAAUGCAUACCAGAGAUCAUCAUAGAUCAACUUCAACAACAGCAACAACGACAGCAAUAUGAUAAUCAGCAAUCGCAGGUCUACGAAAUGCCACAGCAAAUGCCAGAGUCAUUGCAACAACAGCAGCAACAACAACAGCAACAACAGAUAUUCAGAAGUUUCUCGAAUAUCGGAUUCGUCAAUCAAUAUUAUUUUAGUCAAACUGAAUCAUUCCCAUUGGUUCAGCUCUUUAAAUGGAUUCAAAAAGGUAGUAACCUUGUGAUAACAGGACACAGUGUUGGCGGUGCCAUCGCAGUAGUACUGGCAUUACGAAUGCUAUUUGAACCAUAUAUAUCACGUGAUCUACUUCGUACUCGUCUACUAUGCAUCGUCUUUGGUGCACCGCUAGUAGCUUUCGACUACCGACCGUCCAACAUCUAUGAACAACAGAUACACAACGUAGUCAGUGUCAACGAUCCAAUACCCAACCUUCUAAACACACUUACAUCAUUACAAAUACAACAAAAAUCAACAACAAAUAACAAUAAUAAUAAUAAUACAUCUACAACUACAACUACUACAUCAUUACAAGAUUCAGUUGGUCAAUUAGUUAGAUCAACAUUACAAAGAUUAUUUUAUAAUACAACAUUGUCAACAACCAUCACAAAAGAUACAUUACAUCUCUUCUCAGAGACAUCGACAAAGCAGAUUAAAGCAUUGUCACAACUUAGUCUACUUGGUAUCUAUCAUUUGAUAGGUGAUCAAACUGCAACCAAAGGAUAUCAAUCACUAAAGUCAUGGGUUUCAAAAGAUGCUGCCAAACUAGAGAAACUGAUAACCAAUGCUCUUUCAAAGGAGAUGAGUGACGAACGAAUUCAAGAAUCGAUAAGUAAUCAUUUGAUUGCCAACUAUAUCAAUCAGAUAUCAUCGACCAACAUUACACGUAACAACUAUACAACACUAGAUAACGUGGUACCUCUCGAUUGUCAACCUAGAAUCGAUAAUGUAACCGUUAUUGUUGUACCAGAGAAUGGUGUAGUCGUUAAGAUCGAAGGUCCGUACGUCAGCUUUAUUGGUGCAGCUGGUCUACCAGGUAGACUACCAACUGUAUCAGUUAAUAUUAGACAUAUCAAUUGUAUAGAGAUGAUAUAUAAUAAGAUAGCAGAUUUCUCUGAUAUAAUAACACAACAACAAUCACAACAAUCAAAUGAAAAUUCAUUACAACAACAACAACAGCUACAACAACAACAACAACCAAAGAUAAAAGUUAAAUAUUUAACUAUAUUUAAAGAUUAUGUAGAUGAUUUAUUCAAUGUACAGGUUGUAAAUUAUAUAAUAUCGGAUCUGCUAUGUACGGUUGGAUCUAAAUCACUAAGAGAUCUACUCAACUCUUCACUGUGGAUGUUCAUCUUGAGUGACACUCAUGACUCGCGUAGACUUCACAGGUUGUUGGAUAGAUUCUUGUCGACUGUGCCAUGCCACUAUUUAGUUUGUCAGGCAGUACGUUCCAAGAGUGAAGAAACCAAGAAGCUCUGUCUUGAUAUUCUAUCAAAGCUAACCGAUGAACAGCUUGCAUCUGCCUUUGCCAAUGCACAACAUCUCGGUGUAUCUAUAGGUGAACUCAGAGAUCUACAACUCCGUGACAAAGACCUCCAGUUCCCAAGUGUAAAUAUGACCGUAUGCACCGAGCCGAGAAUACUGGCACUCUCUAAACAGCCACAGACCGCCAUUCGCAGUUGGAGUAGUGUAACCAACGACUUUGAGAGACAACGAAGCAUACUCGAUCUCUUUAUAAGCUUCCGAGAGGAACCUACACAAUUCCCAGAUGGAUUGAUCGAACGACUGCUCGGAUCAACGCCCAAAGACUACGCAACCAUCAAGAAUACUCUUAUCAAGAGUUUCAAGAUCGAUUCGCUUCCCAGUGGUCUUGAUCUAACCAAAGAUUUUAUGACAGAGAUGGCACUAUACAAACACUUUAAACAACGUGGAUUCCUGUUGCGAUCGUUCGAUCAUCAACUAUCAGACUACCAGUGGUCGACUUCAAAGCCAGAGAGAAUACUUUCACUCUACCAUACCAUGUUGAUACACGAACUCCGUCUAGAGUUGGCAGUACCGCGUAUAGUAGUUGCCGGAGUAAAGUCUGUUGGUAAAUCCACUGCCAUAGAGAAAGUAUUUGGAAUACCUUGUAGUCAUAUCGAUGGAGUUGGAUUGCACUAUGGUGAAGGACACACCACUACCAUCCCAGGUUUCUAUCAUAUGGCUGGUAACACCAAUGUUCAUGUAAUCGAUUGUCCAAGCAGUGGAACAACAACUACUACUACCACCACUUCUACAGAUAUUCCACAGUUAGUCACUUGCGAUCCAAUCAUAAAAUCAAUUGCUGACAUUGCACUGGCAACACCUGGCAUUUGCAUGGUUAUGCUCAACAUGUCUAGCAUCAGCUCCAUAGAAACAUUUGAAUUGAUUCGUCAAUUCAGACAGGCAUCCCCUCAGCGCCCGAUAAUCAUAUGCAUCAACAAAAUAGACGAAUGGUAUAGAGAACUCAGUAUCGACAGUGAAUUCAACAAAGAGUCACCCACAACAGCAGUAACUGAUGAACUUGUCAAAAAGAUUUCAAAUCACUGGAAAAAGAUGACUCAACCUCUUAGAGAGAGAUUACAUAAAGAUGACUACCUUAUUCCAACAGUGAUAGAUAGAAAAUCAAUGACAAAUGAACAACUAAAGAGACUUUGUCGAGUUUUCGAAUUCAAGGAGGAACUUGAGGAUGAUGCCCGCUUUAUUUCAAGAAAGUCUCCCUCAUUCCUCCAUUUGGCAAUCGAUAUUAGAGAAAUCAUAGGAGAAAUCUUUGCAAGCCUCAAAUGGCUUUCUGAAAAAGAAAUUCUGGUGUGGAGGACCUACAGUGAGGAAUUGAAUUCAAAAAUCCCCUUAAAGACAAUCUACUUGUGA